AUGAAACUGCUCUUUUUACUUUUUACAAUUUUCCAGCUAUCAUUUUCCUAUAACUAUUUGACUUUUUUCACUCCUACGAUUAUUAGAAAGUUUGCAAAAAUUAAUUAUGUGAAAUCAACAAAACAUGUGGUUCAUCUGGAGCCAAGUGAGAAACUGGAACAAUAUGGAAACUUUUUGGAGAAUAACGAUAUUGUGAGAUUCUGGACUGAUGACGCUUCGAUGUCUGAAAUGUUUCCGAUGCUGGAACUUUUCAAUUCAAUGUUUCUGGAGCAAGCAAUGGUUUUAGGACAUAAUCUGGAAUUUUUAGAUGAGCUCAACGCUUCAAAAUUUGAUGUGAUGAUCUAUGAAAGUUUUGUAGAGUGUGCUUAUCGUGAGUUGCAAAUUCUCUUCUGGAUUACUUGGAAAUUAAGACUUUUAUCCCUUCAACAUCCAUUGCAUACGACCCAAAUCUUUUGGAAUCUAUCGGUGAACCAAGAAUGCCUAGUGCAGUGCCUCUGCCCCUUAUUUGCUGACCAGAUGAGAAAUGCAAAAAUGUUGGUUAGAAAAUUAUUAAUUAAUGGCUCCAUUGAAGUUUCUAAAUAUGAAUUACACGAUGCAAAGAAGAUCGGAGAAGUUCUGCGAAAAAUUUUAUUUGAUGAUUCAUACCGCGUUGCAUCAGAAAAUCUGGCACGUCAAUUGGCAAACCAACCAAUGGAAUGUUAA